GUAGUUCAAAAUGUGUUCUAAGAUGGAGACAUUAUGACAAUUGUUAAGCGGAAGUGUAACUCUAUUUUUGUCUUGUGGGAUGAAAUAGGAUUCGAUGGAACAGAGCUUGAAGAAAAAGUGUGCUUUGUCGCUAAGCAGCUGGAGAUCUUGCUCGAUAAUGUCUUAUGUGGUGAGGAAAAACAGAAAACACAGUUAUUGGAAUCCAUUAAUGAGCUUAAUAUGUGUAUCCAGGAAAUGAGUUUAGAACUCUACAACACUUCUUUUGACCCACUUACGUCAACGCCUCUGUUAAAAACAUAUAAUUAUUUAUUGAAGAAAAAGGCUGAAAUUUCUAAGGAUGCAGAAGAUAUUAUCCAAAGAUUUGAAUCGUUAAAGGAGUCAGAGAAAAGCUUAUGCGAACGUUUGUGUGAAACAGAAACUCCGAUCGGGUGUAAAGUGAUCCCAUCACCGGAGCAGUUGGAAAUCCUCAGUAGACACGUUGACCAUCUUGUCAGUAUCAAAGCUGAACGUUCAAACAGAUUUGUCAAGCUUAAGAUGCAGAUGGUUGCUGCAUAUGAAAAGCUCGGGAAGCCGCUUGAACUUAUCGCCAACUCUAACGCUUUCCUCAGUAGUGUACUUGCUCCAGAUGCAUUGGAAACCUUCACUCUUUCGGAAGAAAACAUAUAUUCAAUGACAGACAUCGCUGAUCAACUGGUUACUGAGUGUGAACACGUUGAUAUAGAGUGCAAUUUCCAUAGAGAACGUCUUAACCACCUCAUCCACCUUCUGAGUCCGUUAGGCGUCUCUUGUGAUACAAUUGAAAGCGAAAACUCAAGUCUUAUACUAGGCAGAUUGCGAAAGGAAGUCGAUAGAUUGGAAGCCAUUCGUACCCGUCAUUUGGAUACUUUGAUUUCUGCUACGCGAUCGCAAGUUUACAAAUAUUGGGAUGAAUGCUUUGUAGGAAAUGAGCAUCGUCGGAAUUUCGAAUUUUCACUGCAAGAUAAUGAUAAUGAAAAUGUACUGCGUAUUUUUGAGAAGGAGGUCAAUAUUUGGUCAGAUUUCAAAAAAGUCAAUUCUCACUUACUUUUAGACAUCGUUAAGUGGUGUGAAAAUUUUUCUGGUCUUCAAACAAUAAAGCAACGAAUGCAAGAUCCUUCGGUAUUGCAAAACCGUGGUGGUAUACUGUUGAAACUGGAAAAAGAACGUAAACAAUUAUCACGUGAAAUGUCCAGUUUGGAAGGGAGAAUUGAACAGUCCUUUUCCCAGCUUCUCUCAACCAAUCCUUCAUUGGCCUCAGCCAUCCGAAUAGGAUCAAAAAGUUUAAAUCCGGUUGACUUUAUUAAACACUCUUUGGAAGGCCUUCACAAUGACAAAGAAAAUCAAAAACAAGGUGGUAACAUGCCUAAGUCAUCAAAUUACAAGAACGCUGAAUCUCGACCUGUUGCUGGUAAACAGCUGAAACGAACAAAUCCAUUUAGCAAUGAAACAACUAUGCCACAAGAUUUCAGUUCAAGCAGUUCUAUAUCGUCUACAACAAUCAAACAUCAGACAAGAGAGGAACGAAGUGUUCAAGAUACAUACAAGGAAGAACAAUGGCAUCUAUAAUUCCUUUCACACUAUUUGAACUUUAAGGAUGUCGUGUAGUCUGCACAUCUCAAGCCCCUAACUACCUCGAUGUGCCAUGCUAGGGGAAGCUGGAUUAGGUUGGAAGGAGGGUUCCGGGUGGCUAGACCAAGAUAUGACGCCAGUCCAUGACUCUUGGUCUCAGCCGUGGGGAGAGAUGCAAACUGUCUAAUUGAGGUCCCUGAGAAGAUAGAAAUCAGUGGUUGAGAACUCCUGGUGAAAUGGCUAAAGAUCGGUUACAAUGGCCCAGAUGUACUCAUUGCUUGACAUCUUUUAAAGCUUGAUUAUUUCUACUCACCUUUAUCUUCGAAUUCUUUAUCCGAUACAACUCCUGGCUAUGACAUCCUCAACUAUGCCGCCGCUUGUAGUUGAAAAGAUGCUUCCUAGGAAGAAACCCGAAGUAAUUAAAUCCGAAGUUAUUCCACGAAGGCGAAGUCGCUCAAAUCCUCCAUCAAGCCAACGAUUUCUCCCAUCGACAGGAAAUAGUAAUCAGCCUAUAUCAUACAUCCCUGUCCUGAGGGAACAGAAUCCGAAGCCAUCGAAAAGAGUAAUGGAUGAUAUAGAUUUACGCGAAAAAACCGCACUGGCAAGACCAUCUCCCUUGGAUAUUGAAAGUUUCUAUGAGGGUUUCAAGAACAAUGAUAAAGGACCUUACGCAUCGACAUUUAUUCAUUGGCCGUAACAGCAAACACAAUAGAACAACAAGUCACUAAAAUAAUAAACAGCGCAUGCACCUUCUUCGUUUUUCUUAAUAUAUGCAUAUUGACGUAAUUUAUUUAACUGCUUUUACACCUUUUUCCAAAAACAAUAUAUCUAAGUAGAAAUG